AUGAUAGUCAUCAUUUCUACCAUCUGUUGUUCUACUCUUGCCCCACUCUAUUCCUUUAACCACCUCUUCCUUCUCCUUUCUUUGAUCCAACCAUUUACCACUCUCUGCCUGUUCUUCCAAACUGUUUACUGCUCUUUGCCUCCUCCUCUCUGUUCCUCCAACUGUUUACCUCUCUCCACCUCUUCUGUUUAUCCAAAUGUUUUCCACUCUCUGUCUCUCCCUACUCCUCCUCUCUUCCUCCAACUGUUUACCACUCUUCACCUCUUCUGUUCUUCCAACUGUUUUCCACUCUCUGUCUCUCCCUACUCCUCCUCUCCUCCUCCAACUGUUUACCUCUCUCCACCUCUUCUGUUCUUCCAACUGUUUUCCACUCUCUGCCUCUCCCUACUCCUCUCUCUUCCUCCAACUGUUUACCAUUCUCCACCUCUUCUAAAUUCAUUUGUCACUUCCUCCUCUCUGUUUCACCAAUCAAUCAUUUCUCUCCUCCUAUUCCCCUCUCUAUUCUUUUAA